ACUAUUGAGGAAAAGAUGAUUGAAAGAGCUUUUAAGACGCUUGCACUUGAUGCUUUGGUUAUCCAGCAAGGAAGGCUGGCAGAGCAAAAAGGUUUGUCAUGCUUUGGUUAUCCAGCAAGGAAGGCUGGCAGAGUAAAUAGGAGGGGUCCUGCAAUUUAUGUGAACAUUUUCUCUGGUGAAGCAACUGCAGAAUUUCCUUCUGCAUUGGAAACAGCAAGAGGGGUGGUUUCUGCAGAUCUUUGCAGAUGCUAUGGGCCUGGGGAAACUGAUGUGGAGAGUAGCAUAUUCCAUGAAGUUGAUUGGCAUCGAAUUGUACUGGAUGAAGCACACACCAUAAAAUCCUGGAGAACUAUGAGUGCUAGGGCUGCAUUCACAUUGUCUGCACAUUGCAGGUGGUGUCUCACUGGUACUCCACUUCAGAAUAAUUUGCCAGAUCUUUACAGCCUUCUGUGUUUCUUGCAUGUUGAGCCAUGGUGCAAUUGGGCAUGGUGGAAUAAGUUAAUACAGAGACCUUAUGAGAAUGGUGAUCAGAGAGCAUUGAAACUGAUCAAGGCAAUUCUUAGGCCAUUAAUGCUUAGGAGAACAAAGGAAACAAAGGACAAGGAAGGGAGGCCAAUUCUUAUCCUGCCACCAACUUACAUCCAAGUCAUUGAGUGUGAACAGUCGGAAGCAGAGCGCGAUUUCUAUGAUGCCCUCUACAAGAAAUGUAAAGUCCAGAAGCUGCAAAGGCAGAGAAGCUAAAGAUGAGGUUGAGAUGGAUGGAUUUCAAAGUGAUGAUGAUGACGAUGAGUCUGAUAGAGAAAUGGCAGAUGAUGAUGAGGAUGGAGAUGAA